GGAAAUCACAACAUUAGUGCUGCAACCGCCGGUGUGAUGCCCUCUGUCAUUCAAAAUUAAUAUCUUUUCUUCUUCUGUAACCUACAGUGGGUGACACUUUUUGGGGAAAAAAAGAAUGUCAGUCUGACUUCAGGGAAACACCAUGCUCCAAGCCAAGCUGAUCAGCCAGUUGACUCUGAAUGCCCUGAGGAGGAUUCACCAUGGAGCCUACCCCUGUCUUUACUCACUGUCAGACUGCUUCCUUCAUAAGGAUGGAGUAAGGAUUAAAUAUGGUCUCCACUCAGACUCCAGUGUGUUGAGAAGAGUGUUUUACAGCAAGAGUGCAAUCCGCCCAUCAGUCAGACUACGUGAAACUCAGAAUUAUGGGAGAAGAUCACUCAGUUUAUCAGCUGCUACGAUUGUGAAUUCAGCACCAGCGCCUGUCCAGCCAUACCUCCGAUUGAUGAGGCUCGACAAACCUAUUGGGACAUGGCUGCUGUACCUCCCAUGUACAUGGAGCAUUGCUCUGGCUGCCGACCCUGGGUGCCUCCCAGAUCUGGGCAUGCUCACUCUGUUUGGUACAGGUGCUCUGCUAAUGAGAGGAGCAGGCUGCACCAUCAACGACAUGUGGGAUAGAGACUUCGACAAAAAGGUGUUCAGGACAGCCACUCGACCCAUUGCCUCGGGGGAGAUUUCUCGAAUGCAGGCACUAGUCUUCCUGGGAGGGCAGCUCUCUCUUGCACUUGGGGUUCUCUUGUGUCUCAACUAUUACAGUAUAGCUCUGGGUGCUGCUUCGUUAUCUCUUGUCGUCACCUACCCGCUAAUGAAGAGGAUCACAUAUUGGCCACAGUUUGUGCUAGGCCUCACCUUUAACUGGGGAGCGCUGCUCGGCUGGUCCGCUGUGAAGGGCUCCUGUGAUUGGUCCGUGUGCCUCCCGCUGUAUUUCUCAGGAGUGAUGUGGACGUUGAUAUACGACACUAUAUAUGCACAUCAGGAUAAGGAAGACGACAUCAAAGUAGGAGUCAGAUCUACUGCACUGAGGUUCCAGGAGCAAACCAAACCUUGGCUGAGUGGCUUCACUGUGGCCAUGAUGUCAGGACUGGUUGUAGCUGGGGUCAGUGCUGAACAGACUCUCCCUUACUAUGGUGUACUGUCCACAGUGGCCAUUCACUUAAUGCACCAGAUUUACACAUUGGACAUCAACAAACCCGAAGACUGCUGGAAGAAAUUUGCCUCAAACAGAAACCUUGGACUGCUGUUAUUUUUAGGUAUUGUUGCUGGCAAUUUGUGGAAAGAGAGAAGAGAAACUUUGCUGCAAAAUGAGGAUGCAAUCAGAUGAGUGAGAUAAUCAGUUCACGGCAUAUUUUAUUACAUUCAUGGUACAUCACAUACUACACACAUUAUCUUUUGGGGUUUUAACAAAGCUCCAUAAGAGAUAAAAAAAAAAAGAUGUACUGUAAGCGGUAUAAUUUUAAUCCACACAUUAAAGUAUCUGGAUAAAUUUCUUGCUCAUAAAACAUAAUUUACAGAUGUUGACUUAAAAAAAUCAUGUAUUUUGAGGUCAAAUCAAAUGAUAAAUAAAUUUUACAUAUAUAGUGAACUUCUGAAUUCAAGCCCUUUCUUUAAGUAUCGAUAGAACUGUGCAUCAUUGGUUGUUGUGCACAAAAACAAACAAAAAAACUUAAAUCAUUUGUGAAACUUAAGCAUGUAUUGUUAUUGUUGGUAAAAAAAAAAACUUUAAAGGAGUUAUUUGUAAGUUUUGCUACUGCUACAUAACCAACAUUAGGAUUAAAUUAAACUUGAUUCCUUGAUUUCACUACUUGCUGUCUCCAGCUGUGGAAGCAACCCCUCUUCUUUUGCUUUUAUUUCUACCACCUAUUUUUAUUGUACUGAAGUUAUCAUGCUAACCAGCUAGCUCCAGACUGUCUCUUUAGUUUCCAAUACCAUGUCACUGUAGCAUUCAGGCUGCCUUCAGGAGGACGCAUUGCUCAGAGAGCAAAUUAUAACCUCUUGUCUUGUAAAUGCAACAAUGGCUGAAGAUCUUGCCAAGACUGUUCAGUAAACAGCUGCAAUAACAAAACUGGCAGAUAGCUCCUUUAAACCUGCAAUAACUGCUUUCUGACCACCAGGGAGCAGCAUGUUUCAUUUGAUUCACCUGAUGGAUGUACUGUAAGUCACUGGUGCAACAACUGUUGAGAAAAAUAUCUGGAUCUUUGGUUGACUUUUUUCAUGAGUCACUGGUUUACAUUUCAUGCAGGGUAGGCAGUCACGCACGCUCACACAAUCUGCUGUAAAUGCAGGCUGCAGAACCAAAACAAUUUGAUGAAUGUGGCCAAAAGCUGCACAGACCUGCAGCGUUUGUUGCUUUUUCCAAGUUUGUCUGUGUGCUGCUCUCUCACAUGACAUAGUGCCAUUUAUUUCAAUGUUAAUAUGAAAAAUAUCACUUAAUGCAGGUUUAAAUCACAAAAGUCAACUUCAGUUUAUGCUAGCAGAGAUCAACCCUGUAGCCCCAAAUUUUAAAUAUUGUUGAUUUUAUCUGUGAAGUCCAGUUCAUUUAGCAGUAGUAGUGGCUGAAACAUAGUAUGUAUGAAUUCCAGUUACAUCCUAUUCUAAAAUUACUCAAGACAUAGAAUCAUUUGAAUAAAAUUGU